AGAAAAGCAGGAAAUGUGACAGUGUAGUUUUCCGCUUCCAUAAACAAGAUGACUGCCAGGGUUCGCCGUCGGUCCUGUGUGUCUGAGUACAGCCUCUCUCGGAAAGAGUCUCAGAGAAAGUGAGUGAAGCAGCAGAGAGAGAGAAAGUAGGAAAACAGGAAAAGGGACCAGGCUGAAAGAGACAGGAAAACCCAUCAGAAGAGGGGAAACACUGACAAAGAGGUUGCAGGGGAGAAGUGGGGGAACAGGAGUUUAUAAGACUGACUGCACGGCGGAUCCUUUUCUUUUCUUGUCAUGGCUGAAAACAACACAAAUGUCAUUCUGGACAUACUGAAGUCCUUUGAUGCUGCUCCUUUAAUUAUAGCGUUCUGUGUAUCCAUUGCUGUGGGCCUACUGUUGGGUGCCACGGUUUACUUGAUUCUAACCUGGAUGUCCCGACGCAAGGCAGGCUCUGCCAGCAUCACCCGCCGUCCACCCCGCCGCUCCCAGAACUCCCCUCGCAGCCGCCCAGGGUUCAACCGCAGCAGCAGCUACGAACGUCGCAGCAACAACAGCUUAAUAAGCGCCGCCUUCAGCUUCCAUCGUCCGACUUCCUCCCCAGAUCACCUGGAUGCAGUGGGGCAUAAAUCCAGCUUCAGGGCCUCCACCUUCCAUCCCCUUAUUCAGUGCAGUCAGAUUGCGAGGGAGGCUGAGGAGGGAAGUCAGACCACGCUGCCUCGUACUCCACCUCUGAACACCUCACCUGGAUCGGCGCAAAUCGCUGCAGAGCCAGCUGUCAACCACUCAAGACCAGAGUCAUUUUGGGGGAACAAUGGUCUGAGGGGUUUGGGUGUGACGCAGACCCCUCCUCCAGCUUAUGAGAGCAUUAUCAGGGCUUAUCAAGAAACAUGUACCUGAGAGGAGUGAGAAGACUUAAAUAAUUAAGCCCUAAUGGAUUAAUUUAGAGCUUUUUUUUGACUUGGAUGAUGAGAUAAACAGCGAGGAUCUAAAGACCUGGUUGAGUUACAUCAUUUCUGAAGAGACACAUAGUUUCUGUAUCUCUUCAUUUCUCCAUUUACUUGUCAUUACUGAAGAAAUACUCAAUACAUGUGAAACUGACUGUUUACUAUGGAAAAAGAAGUCCAAGAUGCUCAGCUUAUAUUUAGAUUUGAUACAGAGUUAGAAAUGUUUUCAUGGGAGGUUAUUUUAGUUUAUACUCAAAAUGUAGAAACAUGAAACAUUAUUAUUGUAAGAAAUACACAUGAAGCUCAACUGAAAUAAGAGUAAAAAACUAUGCAAAAUGGCACUUAAGACAGGGUUAGAUUGGUCUAACAGUCAUUUGUAUGCUUUGUUUGUUUUUUUUUGCCAUUCAUGUUCUCACAGUCAGUCUCAGUUGAUGUAUUUGAAAUCCUAAUAUUUGUGGGUUUGGAUUACCAUGAUCACUGAAUGCUUAUAUAAUUAUAUAUAUUUAUAUGCUGACUAAAGGUAUAGAGACUGUCUGAUAGUACAAGUUUUGGAUGUGUUAUUGCUACAGAUGCCAAAAUAUUCUUGCUUUUUUUAUCUAUGUAUGUGAGAUUGAAAACUUGUAAGAGAUAAUUGAUCAUUGACUAUAAUAAAGCAAUAGAUUUUUAGCAACUA